AAAACGAAUUCUACAUUAGUAAAAUCCAUCACAUUGGGGGUUUCGUGCCCGGAAACAGUAAACGUUUACCACAACAAUCCACGGUUUGUUGUUUCAAAACAGAACGGAAUUUUGAUUUUAUGUUUGUUUGUGUUGCGUCCACGCGAAAAUAAAUCCAAUCGAAUGGAUCACGAUUACUGCAGUGAGCCCCCGGCCAGCAGUGCCGCUGAUGUCGCCGAAUACACCGAUGUGGAAUAUCUGAUCGAGGAGUACGAACACGCCAAGCCUCAUCUUCCGGCGCCGGCGAACGAAACCGUGGUCGACACCGAUGUGAAAGGGACAGGUGAAAAUGCAAGACGGUGCGAUUGCGCUCAGAAGCGUGCCCGGAUGGAGAGAGAAACGAAACGUCUCCGGCGGAUGGUGGCCUUAGAGCGACAAAGAUGCCGAAUGCUGAAAGCUAGAUUGCGGAAACUACGAGAAGAGCUACGGGUGCUUCGGGCAAUCAGGAAACGACAGGAAGCAAGGAAUGUGGCUCUUCUUAAGCGUACCAUUCGGAAAAUUCUGUACUUCGGGAAUUAUGCCUUUUGAACUCUUAAGUUGAAGCUUAUGGUAUUUUAUGCAUCAAAAUGGUCAAUAUCCUCGAUAACUAAGCGUCAGAAUAAGCAGAAGCCUUAAGGCAACGGUUUCUACAACAGUAAUCCGAACCGGGAUUCUGCAACAAUAAAUUUAAAUUUAUACAAACAUGAUAAA